UCGAUUUUUCCCCCUUCCCUGACUCACCUCACAGAGAGAUCACGCGGCGGCCAUGGAAGGAGAGGUGGACAAGGAGGAGCUAGCGUGUAUCCUCAUUCGUGCCAUGUCCGCCGCGAAGAACGUCGUGGCCCAGCGCGACCGCCUCCUGCAGCUCCGCCGCCGGCUGCAGCUGCGGAUCGCCGGAGACGAGGACGCGGCCAGGAUCCAGGAGGAUGUCGCCUCCGGCCUCCACAAGGUCUACUCCAUGGGCCUUUUCCACGGCGCCCGCUACCUCGCGGACUGCCUCGAGAUGGCUUCCGAGAACCGCGACCGCUUCUCCUUCAGCAUCCCCGCCUUCGCCGUCAUCCCCCACGAGCAGCUCUACGGCCUGCUGCGCCGGCAGUGGCACUCCCGGCGCCCGACCACCCUGGUCCAGGCCUUGGCCCGCAUCGAGUCCGCCUACUACGCCGUCAUGCUCCCCUUGGAACACCACCUCCCCCGCUGCAUCGAGUUCCUCGUCGGCGUCCGGCCACCGUCCGUCACCCCCCAGACGAUCGGAGUCAUGACAGGCUACCCAGAUGACCUGAUAGCCGCCGCCAACGAGCACCUCCGCCGCCUCGCGAAUAGACCGGAGGGCAAAUUCCCCAACCCCGCCGCCGCCGCCGCCGCUGGCAAGCCCCCUCCGGAGGAAAGCAGCGUGGACGUGGACCUGGCGCUCACCUACCUCCAUCGCUCGUGCUCCCUCACGAGCCUCGCCGUCAAGCACCUGGACGUCGCCAUCGCCUUCGUCUCCAGCUUCCUCGACCCGGACGAGGUCGCCAAUAUCUCCAAAUGGACCGACCAACGUACAUACUACACCUCUGAGGAGGGGCCUUACCCACCAGAUGAAAGAAACUGCUUGAAUUGUUGAUCCAAGCCGACGUCGUCCAAGCUCCAACCUUUUACAGCUGCAGUUCAGUUCGGUCAGAUAAUCUGCUGCUACCAUCUACAGUAUGUUCCUUUUUCUGGACGGCCGUGUGGUUAUCCAUGUUUAAUCCCAUCAGGAUAAUGCUGUAAUGUCAUACCUGCACCUUGUCGAACCGAAUUGCAGCUAAAUUGGCAUUUUGGUCAUGCUAACUUUUCCCAA